CUCCAAACCGCUCCCAACAAGCUUCCUAAAGAAAUAAAAUAAACAAACUAGAAGUAAUUAAAAAGACAUAACCCCUCCAUGCGCGAAUCAUCAUGCUUGUCCACACCCUCCCAAUUCCCUCCCCCCUCACCCUCACAGCCGAACCUCUAACCCCCACCGCCUUCGCCCCCUUCGGCGCCGUCCUCGCAAACCCGGCUCCCGAGACCCGGCCUUCAGCUCCGGCCUCAGCUCUUCCUCCCGGCUAUGGCGCCGUUUCCGCUAACCAGGGCACGGCAAUCCAGUACCGCGCCCUGGCGCCUCCCCUAAGGAAUCUGUACGCACAAGCGCCUAGCCGGAAACCCGCGUCCCCGCGCACCACCAUGUUCGUGUGCGGCGCGCGUCAGCUCGUCCCAGAUGAGCGGUCUGGUGCCGGCCUCUUCGAGGUCAAGAUCCUUGAACGCCAUCCUUUCACCACGCAGACAUUUAUCCCGCUAGGUGCGUCCGGGGUAGAGACUAGGUACCUGGUUAUUGUGGCACCGAGCCGCGCCCCUGAUACCCCGGAUAAAGACUUUCCUACGCCGACGGGAGAGGGGCUGCCAGGGAGGGGUUUGCCGGAUUUAGGGGGCUUGCGCGCGUUUGUGGCGACGGGCGCGCAGGCUGUGACGUAUGGGGCCGGGACGUGGCAUGCGCCGAUGGUGGCGCUGGGGCCUGCUGGGUCGGCGAUUGAUUUUGUGGUUGUGCAGUUUGCUAAUGAUGAGGCUGUUGAGGAUUGUCAGGAGGUUGCGCUUAGGGUGGGAGAGGGGAAGGGGGAUGUUUCGAGGAUAAUGGUGCAGGUGCCGCCCAGUAAAUUGAGAUCGUCGAAAUUGUAGUUUUGGUAGUAAAUGUAGGCAGGUGUUGUUGGAUAAUAAUAAGGUUUGACGUUAUCACGUAUUUCACGGCGUUGUUUAUAUAGGUAAACACUCGAUUAAAUCCUCGCAAUUUUGUGACUAUCUAGGAAACGAGAGGUGAGGCAAGGAGGAAGUCGCAGCGAAUGUACGUCCACGGUAGUGCACCUAGAACAGGG